ACGACAACAACAUCCGCCAUGGCAACCCCCACCGCCAAUACGAUCAAGGUGGUCGCGCGUUUCCGACCGCAGAACAAGAUUGAACUCGCAGCCGGCAGCGAGCAGAUUGUCGAGUUCAGCAGCGAUGACACAUGCUCGCUCUCGUCCAAAGAGGCCAGUGGCGCUUUUACCUUCGACCGCGUAUUUCCCACGAACACCCCUCAGCAGGAUGUCUUCGACUAUUCGAUCCGCAGCACAGUCGACGAUGUGCUGGCAGGCUAUAACGGAACGGUGUUCGCAUACGGGCAGACGGGCUCAGGAAAGACAUAUACCAUGAUGGGCGCCGAUAUAGGAAACGACGAGCAAAAAGGUAUCAUUCCUCGAAUCGUCGAGCAGAUCUUUACAAGCAUCAUGCGCAGUGAUGGCAGCAUCGAGUUCACGGUCAAGGUGAGCUACAUGGAGAUCUACAUGGAAAAGAUCAGGGAUUUGCUGGUGCCACAAAACGACAACCUGCCGAUUCACGAAGACAAGCAGAGGGGUGUUUAUGUGAAAGGACUGGGCGAGUUCUACGUAGGGUCCGUAGAAGAGGUCUACCAUGUGCUGGAGCGUGGUGGUCAAGCAAGAGCCGUGGCUGCGACAAAUAUGAACCAGGAGUCCUCGCGAUCACAUUCGAUCUUCGUGAUCGAGGUCACUCAGAAGAAUGUCGAGUCCGGAUCAGCACGUUCCGGUCGAUUGUUCUUGGUCGAUCUGGCAGGUUCGGAAAAGGUCGGGAAAACUGGCGCCAGCGGGCAGACUCUGGAAGAGGCAAAGAAGAUCAACAAGUCGUUAUCGGCACUGGGCAUGGUCAUCAAUGCGCUAUCGGACGGGAAGAGCACGCACGUUCCUUACCGCGACAGUAAACUCACACGCAUCCUUCAAGAAUCGCUCGGUGGUAAUUCGAGGACCACGCUCAUCAUCAACUGCUCGCCUUCGGCCUACAACGAUGCAGAGACGGUGUCGACAUUGCGGUUCGGAGAGCGCGCCAAGACGAUAAAACAGAAGGCGAAGAUCAACGAGGAGCUUUCGCCGGCUCAGCUCAAAGCACUGCUACGGAAAGAACUCACGAAAACUACUACUUACGAAUCAUACAUAUCAUCGCUUGAAGACGAGAACAAGAAGUGGCGAAAAGGGGAGAGUGUGCCAAAGGAGCACUGGACCCCAGCCUUGACCGAACUUUCGCGAGCACCUGCUCCGGCACCUCCACGGUCUGCCACUCCGACUAGCCGUUUGCGAGAAACGACAGGAACGCCAAGACCUGACAGUCGCCUGGACAUCGAACGAGCCGGCACUCCGAGUCUUCCACUGGAGAGGGAUGAAAAGGAAGAGUUCUUGAGACGUGAAAAUGAGUUGCAGGACCAGCUCGCGGAUAGGGAGAGCACGUUGGCCGCUGUCGAGCAAGCUCUUCAAUCGGCGAGAAACGAAGUGAAGGAGCUUCGCGAAGCGCAAUCCGGCACUGCACGUAGCAAUGAGAAGCUGCAGGGCGAGACCGAAGUUCUCCGGAUGCAAGUAGAGAAGAUCGAAUUCGAGAGCAAGGAGGCCGCCAUCACUUUGGAUUCGCUCAAAGAGGCCAACUCUGAACUCACUCAAGAGCUGGACGAUGUGAAGCACCAAUUGCUGGAUGCCAAAAUGUCCGCCACAGAUUCUUCAGCUCUGCUGGGCGAGAAGGAGCGCCUGAAGAAGGAGCGCAUGGCUCAAAUGAUGGCUGGCUUCGAUCUUGGAGAUGGUUCCAGCCGCGAGGAGGCUGUCCGGGAGGUGCUGGAGAAGGUCCAGAGCUUACUGGGAGUUGCCGAGGGCGGCGGCGCAGUCGCGGCAGAUGAGCUUGCGCUGCUGAAGGAGAAGCUUGUUGAUCUACAAAGCCAGGUUCGCCAGGCAGAUCUCGGUGUCAGCGGUCAUGCUGACGGUGCGCACACCGCUAUUCUGGAGCAGAAGCUGGUCCAAGCGCGGCGCGAUUACCAGGAUCUCCUAGAGAAGAACCUGUCUCCAGAUGAUGUGGACCAGGUCAAGCGCAGUCUGUACGACUCCCUGUCCGCUCAGCAGAAUGGGAAUGGUGCAUCACCCGAGGUGCAGGAGGCCCUUGCACGAACACAGGAGGAGAAUACACGCAUACGCAGCGAGCUGGAUGCACUGCGAUCGCAAGCAUUGAGUGGCAGCAACGGCGCCUCACUGAACAAGCAGCUUGCCGACUUUGACACAAUCAAGAAGUCUCUCAUGCGCGAUCUCCAAAACCGGUGUGAACGUGUCGUUGAGCUGGAAAUCAGCUUGGACAGCACUCGCGAACAAUACAACUCUAUUCUGCGCAGCAGUAACUCCAAGCAGCAACAAAAGAAGCUCGCCUUCCUCGAGCGCAACCUCGAGCAGCUUACAAUGGUCCAACGACAGCUGGUGGAACAGAACGCACAGUUGAAGAAAGAAGUUGCCAUCGCCGAGCGCAAGCUCGUUGCGCGUGGAGAGCGCAUUCGUGGCCUCGAGGGCUUAGUGCAAGAAAGCCAGGAGAAGCUCAUGCUUGCCAAUCACAAAUUCGAGAGCCAGCUCAUGGCCGUCAAGGAACGCCUAGAAGCCGCCAAAUCCGGAUCCACUCGCGGUCUCGGACCCAACUCGCCUGCGCCGUCUAAUUUUGCCAACAACCCCUUCGGCCGAAUAGCCAAACCACUUCGUGGAGGCGGCGGGGACGGUCCUUCCGUUCCGACCUUUGCAGGUCUACAGGCUAGCCAGGCGUCGCAGGAGAAUAUCGGCAGUGGGAACAAGCGAACCAGCUGGUUCAGCAGAGGAUAG